CUUUGACAAAGUAAUCUAGCUGUAAUUUGCAUCGCAUCAGUUUGUCGUUGUCUUACCUUUACACGGAACACUAUUCAACUUCACCGCUGAGCAACAUAGUAUAAAUAGUAAGGAGCAAAUAAAGAAUUGCAAUAACAGUAGGUGUUUUGAAGCAUACCGGGUUGGGCGCGGCUUAGAGGGAUGUCCCGAGGGAAGAAUGGUUAGGAGCUGACUGGCUGGAGGUGGAAAGCAGCUAGUCAGCAAGGAGGAAUGGAUCAUCAUCGGCCCCUUUCUGCGGGGCCAGCUCUUGACCCACAUGAAGUGACGGACGUCCUACAGCAGGCCAUAUGGGAGCUAAAGCGUCUGAAAACCCAGCUUACGAAGCCGUAUGCAACCCGCUCAACCGUCGCUGCUAGUAUAGCUCGAUUGGAGGAUGACAUCCGUCGCCAAGCCCUGGCAAUCGCGCAUGCGACCGGCGUGGAGGGCUCCCUGUCGCUCCCGCCCGCCAGCUCUCCCCCCGUGGGGCUGUCCCUGCAGCCCAAGCAGCCCGCCUACCCGCCCAGCAACUCCCGAGUGGACCAGUUCCUGGCCGCCCGCAGCGGGCCGCUGCUCAACAACCCCGUGACGGAGACCACUCGCCAGUACCUGCAGGAGCGCUUCGUUCCGCCGCUGGCGCCCAAGCCGGUGGCCCCGGGGGGCAACAUAGCCAAGGGCCGUACCCCCUCAGCUAUGCCCAACGUCAUCCUGCCGCGCCACAUUCGUGAGGACCCGCACGGUCUCGCACCGCCAGAGGUUACGGAUCUUGAGCUGGACAAGGGGCUACUACAUGUGGUCAACCGGGGGCUGCUGCCUGCCAAGGCGGACCUCACACCCGCGCUGUGCGGGGCGGCAGGUCCCUACCGUACGGCAGCCGUGCCGGUUCACCCUCACCAGAAGCAGUUUGAGCGUGCCCCGGUGACCUCGGCCCUGGAGGACGCACUGCAGGCCAAGCAGGCGUUUAAGCUGGACCUGCUCACACCCGUGGUCAAGCCGCAGCAUGAGCAGAAGCAGCCCGCCCUCCAUGUGGCAACCGUGGGCGGCGGCGGCAUCCUAGCCAGCCCCCGCCCGCCCCACUCGCCCGUGCACUUUGUCUACGCCGACGGCCCGGACACCGCUGCCGCCGCCACCCAGCAGCAAUCCCCGCUGUCCCCGCGGUCCGCUGGUGCUGCUGCUGCUGCUGGGGGCGGCGCAGGCGAAGCGGGCAACCGCCCCUUCGAGUCCCUCAUGGACGCCUUCAGUCUGCACGAGGUGCUGAUCCGAAAGGGCGUCGUCAUCCGCGACACGCCCGAGUUUGAGUCCUACGCGCGCAGCUACAGCAGCGUGUGGGGUGUGGUGGAGGGGCUGCUGCAGCACCUGGCGGCGCUGUGCGGGCAGUACGCGGUGCCGCUGGCGCUGGUGAACGGCAAGAGCCUGGCAGAUCUGGCGAUGCAGGUCGCCCACGCCGGCUACCAGCCCGCCAUGGAGGACCUGCUGGUGUGCCUGACCAACAUCCAGGAGGUGGCGGCGCUGCUCAAACAGCCGGGAAGGCGCUUCCUGGGUCCCGGCGGUGAGGAGGCCGCCGCCGUGCUCAUCCAGUCGCAGUACCGCGGCCACCUCGCCCGCCGCAAGCACUCUCGCCGCGGCCUGGCCUCCCUGCGCAUCCAGCACGCCUGGCGCAACAGCCGCCUGCGCGCGCAGCUCCGAGACCGCAUGCGCCUCGCCCGACUGGAGCGCGACCUGCGCUUCGCAGAGCUGCGGGAGCAGUUGGAGCGGCAGUGGCCGCUCAUGCGCCGCAACGCGCAUGUGGUGGUGCACGUGCCCAACCUGCUGCCGCAGCCGGUGACGGUGGGUGAGGUGACGCAGCGGCCGGAGCCGCACCUGCUGCACAGCAUGCUGCUGAGGGAGGCGGCGCAGCUGGCGCGGCUGUGCGACUUGUCGGAGCCGCUGGUGGACCUCAUUCUGGUACUGCCCUCGCCGCCGGACCCCGAGGUGAUCCACUACUGGAAUAAGCUGCUGGAGGUGGGCGGCGUGAGCGACCCCACAAGUAGAUACAGGAUUGUGGUCCCCGAGAACUACACACGCCUGCCCGGCCACAUGUCCGUCACCGCCAAGCUGCUGGCCUCGCCGCGCGCCCUCAAGCGCAUCAGCGCCGCCGUGAACGGGCGCCUGUCGUACAUCGUGCCCGGCAACGUGCACGACGAGGAGGUGGAGCUGUCGGUGCACCUGGGGGUGCCGCUGCUGGGGCCGGGGCCCUCCGUGUGCCGCGCGCUCAGCCGCAAGUCAGCGGCAAGGGAGCUCUUCAAGAACAUCGCCGCCAACAUCGCCCCCGGCUGCGCCAUCCGCCCCAACCACGCCAUCCAGCAGCAGGCGGCAGGACCCGGCGGCGGAAGCCUCAACGGCGGCGGCGGCGGCAACUCCGACCCCCUGACGGCGCCGCUGCGCAUGGGCACAGACUACCAGCUGGGCCCCGAGGGGGAGCUCAUCAUCACAGAUCCCGUGUACGGACCUGACAUCGUUGUCAACGACGGCAACCAAGCGUCGCGGCCCGGCGGCGGCGGUGGCGAGCCAGGCAACGUCGCCGGCGGCGGCAUGGCAGCUGGAGCAGGGGCGGCGACGGCGGCCGCCGCCGCCGCCGCUGGCGGCCCGGCGUCGCAGAAUCGGUUCGAGCAGGACGAGCAACGCAUCCUGAUGGCGCUGGCGGAGGCGAUGGUACGACACCCUGUCGUACCGAAAUGGCUGUUUAAGAUCGAUGACGAGAUCAUGGGUCUGGGCCAUGCAUUCUUCGACACGGCGGCGGUGAAGGGCAGCGGCGACGUGUUGGCGCGCGUGGUGGAGGAGUUCAUGGGCCGGGGGGUGCAGUCGCCGGCAGAGCGGUUGCGGCUGGAGUUCGGAGCCGUCACGGGUAUCGCCGGCGGGGGAGGCAACGUCGUACGGGUCGACGACGACGAGUCGCCGCUGUCGGAGGUCCAGCGGGUCGCCAUGUUCCGACUGUACGAGCUGCUGUUCCGGCAGCUGCCGCGGCGGCUGCACCUGGCCAGCAGGGACUCCUACCCCACCUAUCGAGACUACAUCUCCACGCUUGCGCGCCGCGGCGGCGUGCUGGAGGGCUGUCCGCACAUGGCGGUCGGUUCGCCCUGCGUCAACCUGUUCAUUGAUCCCGCCGGCGCCGUCACGGUGCUGUCCACGCAUGAGAAGAUCUUCUGCUACCCCUACCGGGCCGUGGGCACCACGUUUCCGCAGUCCUCGGUGCCGCAUAGGGCCCUGUACGACGCGGCGUUGGCGGUUGGCCGUUCGGCGUACGAUGCAGGGUUGUUGGGUCACGUGAUGGUGGAUUUCGUGACGCUGCUGGAGCCGCCUGGGGGCGUGGGCGCUGGGGAGGGCGCUGCGCUGCAGGGUCUGGGUGCGGGCGGCGGCGGUGCAGGCGGCUUGCGGCUAUGGCUUGUGGACUUGCGGCCGGGCAUCACACCCUCGCUGACGGCCUUCCAGCUGUUCGACUUCUUGUCAGCCGGCACCUUCAACCCCAUGACGGGCGCCUACCUGGUCCAGCUGGACCCCAUCGAGGACACCGACCAGGGCGACGAGGAGGACCUGCUGCGCCACCACGGCAGGGGCUCGCACCACCACCAUCACCACCACCACAGCCACCACCACCGCUACAACAGCAGCAGCCACCUGACGACCGAGGAUGGCGCCUCGGACCACCCAUCGCACCACCACCACCAGCACCAGUCGCUGCGCUACUACUUUGUGCUAGACCAGCUGCAGCACCCAGCCAUCAAGUCCAUGCCCUGCUCCAAGUUCUUCUACCACUGCUGGCAACACGGAUUCCAUUUCGACGUGGACCACAGACAGGGCGUCAUCUUCAAUCUCUCCGACC